GGCGUAUUUCUUUAACCACACUAUGUAGUAUGUUAGUAUGCGGUUUUGGACAGAGCUGUUGUCUCAGGUGUUAAUCCGCCCAUAACGCCAUCAUAGGCAGCCAUGGCCCAGGACGGAGUUAUUUUGCAGUUCAGUUUCGCCACAUUUGGUGACUCCAUGCUUCAGAAGAUGGAUGCGCUUCGAAAGGACCAACGUUUCUGCGAUGUAAUUGUGCACAUUAAUGACGUCGAGAUUCCUGGUCAUAAAGUCGUGUUUGCUGCUGGCUCUCCUUUUCUCAGAGACCAGUUUUUCCUUCAGGACUCCCAUGAAGUUGAGAUAACAACACCGCAAGACGCAGAAGUUGGACGUAGACUCCUUCUCUCUUGUUAUACAGGGACACUUGAGUUCCCUGAGUUGGAACUUGUCCACUAUCUGACGGUGGCCAGUUUCUUACAGAUGGGCCACAUUGUGGAGCAGUGCACAAAAGCUCUGAAUAAGUUUAUUAAGCCUCAGAAAGUUGAGGAUCCCCAUGCUUCUCAUCAAACUUCCAGUGUUAGCACACAGCAGGAAGAACCACUACAUAUUCAAACAGUGUUUGAUGACGACGAAGAGGUGGACAACGUGAUUGAAGAUGAUAACGAUGAUGAUGUAAUCAUUGAACCAAGAUCACCUCCUAUGUUUCAGAGGAAAUGCCAAGGAGAGGAGAGCCCGAUCAAUAUCAUUAAAGUCGAAUCAGUGGAUGAACGAAUGCAGAUGUCUCAAAAUUUACAGAGUGGUCCUGCUCGGUCGCCGGCUCUGUGCUCCCCAGAGCCCCAGCACUCGCUCAUAAACUCCACAGUAGAGACACGGCCGGCCGAAAUGACCCCUAACGCCACUCUCGACUACGCACUUUCCUCUCCUGGUCCCAGUGGCUCAGGGAAAGAGAAUGUAUGGAGCUGCUCUCGGAAUUCUGACAAAGGCAUGCAAUGGUACCACCAGUGCCCAAAAUGCACCCGCGUCUUCCGCCAGUUGGAGAACUAUGCCAACCACCUGAAGAUGCAUAAGCUGUUCAUGUGUCUCCUUUGUGGCAAGACGUUCACACAGAAAGGAAACCUGCACCGGCACAUGCGCGUCCAUGCCGGAAUCAAGCCGUUCCAGUGCAAAAUUUGUGGCAAGACAUUCACGCAAAAGUGCUCGCUGCUUGAUCACUUGAACCUGCACAGCGGUGACAAACCGCACCGGUGCAACUACUGUGAUAUGGUGUUCGCCCACAAACCAGUCCUGCGCAAACAUUUGAAGCAAAUCCAUGGCAAGAACAGUUUUGACAAUGCCAAUGAAGGCAGCAUGCUUGAAGGGUUUUAAAUAUACUGUGGCUACUAAAGACUUGUUUAAAGACCUUUAUGGAUUAUAAACCUGAUAAAUUCCCCUGUAUAUAUGUUAAAACUCUGUAGGCACACUAACGGUUAAUAUGUACCCAUCAUACGAGCUCCAUAACGUGUGUUAUUGUGUAGUUAUUGGGUCAUUGUACUGUAUUCAAAAGCUGCUGUUUUGUAAUUGUUUUAUAUGAAUCCUCUGAAUUUCUGAAAAUCGUGAUUUCUUCAAGUUGGGCCUUUUAAAGAUGUAUUCAGCUUACAUUUUACCUCAAAGAAUCACAAUAAGUGUAUAAUCCUUUUAAUGACUGAGUGUUUAAAUGAUUACUUAUUUUAGUUAAAGCAAUUUGUAUAACAUCACCAGUCCCACUAGAAUGUGUUAAAAUGUUUUAAAAUUUAAGUUGUUGUAAUACGCUUGUGUUAUUUUUAAAACCAUACCUAGUCAGGUGACUUGGGGUCCUUAUAAUAUUUAAGGAACAAACACAGCUGAAAAAGAGAAGGAAACAAACGGUAUGUUUCUGCAAAGAAGAGACACACUCAAUCAAUCUUUGGCAAUACUUCAGGUUUCAAGCAGUACCCCUAAUUAUGCGCAUUUUCCAACAGAAAUGUAAUUUUUAUACUUAUUUAUUAGCAUUACAUUCCCCGGGAGCAUUAUGUUUUAUUUCUUUCAUUUAUAUGUAAACAUCCAAAGUAAAAAUAUAAAAAAAAAACUAUUCUGCAAGAUAAGCUGAAUACAUUUUUAACCCUUAACUUCUCAGAUGUAUGCUUCCACAACUGUAAUUCACUUUGGAUAAAAGCAUCAGCGUUUCUUUCCUGGAGAGAUAAUAGCCAUCCUUAACCAAGUGUUUUUAGUGGGACCUCUGCAAAAUACGCAUGAAACCUCAGUCAUGAUUCGUGUUGUUUUCUCAACUGUCUUUUCCAACAGUGUAAAUUUUUACGUAAACAAUUUUUAUUUUAUUUUACCGGCGAGGUUACUGGUGAACUUGUGAUUCAUUAAAUAUAGUGACAUAACGAAGA